AUGGCAGUGCUAGAGAUGGCGUCUCGGGUGUUGCUGGUAGCUGGCAUGGGAGCCCUGUUGCCGAACCUGAAGGGAGGCAGCCUUACAAAGCCCCUCUUUGACUCGGGGGCAUGCCAUGAUGCCAUCGCCUCCGGUGCGAGUUGUCAGGUUUGUGAGACCAAGUUCAAGCACUGCAAGGGCCACUACGUCUAUGAGCCCUUCACUGUCGUGCUUUUCGAAGCCAUGGUCACUGUGGCCCUGGGCGUGCUUGCAACACUUCUGCUGAUGCCGAAUCGACAGGCAGUCAAGCAACUGCUCGACUGGCGAUCCAUCAAGAUCGUCUUGCCUGUCGGAGCCACGUAUGCCAUAGGCGACCUGAUGGACCUUGCCGCUGCCCGCAACGUGUCCGGCACCACGCUGCUCGUGGCCGCCCAGCUCAGGUUGCCACUCUGUGCACUGCUCAGAUGCGUCUUGCUCAACCGCGGUCAGACUUGGAUGCAGUGGCAACUGCUCUUCGUCAUUACGCUGCUGUGCGUGGGCCAUGUCAUCCAUGACUUAGGGGAUACAAUGACUGCAGGAGUAGACCGAACGUGGAUCGCGGCCUCUCCAGAUGGGAUCUUGGUUGCUUUGCCCCUAGUCCUCGGCAAGUGCCUGGUCAGCUGCUGUGGUGCAGUGCAUGCCGAGUACUUCUUGCAGCACAAGGAGACGAAGCAGGUACCCCUUUGGAUCACCCAAGUACAUUUCAAAACCGCGACGAUCAUCGGAGCCCUGACGGUCACGCUUUUCAUGGGGAACGUGAGCGAGCGCAUCCUUUCAGACCGUUGGCACAACGACAUCUUCUCACAUCUGCCCAAUGAUGUGAGUGCUGGAGAUCCUCGCAUUCCCUUCUUUGGAGGCUGGGACAGUAACACCUGGAUUCUGGCGGGGUGCCUCAUCCUCAACAAUUUCCUCGUGGCUGAUCAGAUGAGGAAUCUCACUUCCAUCGCGAAGUACGUGGCCUAUGCCAUCGGCCUGGUCUUGAGCUAUUUGGUGCAGCUUUGGGAAGGCCGUUCCUUCUGCGCAUGGCAGGCCGGGAAGUUUGGGGUUUAG